UUUUUGAUGCUUUUCUUCCCCUCGUUCUUUAACCUCCUUUCUUCUUCUCCUUUCCUUUCUUUCGUCUCCGAAUAGCAAGUUUGUUGGGUUUUCGAAAGGAGUAGAUUCCAAAUUGCCGCUCCAAGUCAAGACAGACAUACAGCAUCUGCACAUCAAUACCCCCACAGGGACGCAAUAGGGAGAAAACGAAGCAGAAGCAGCAGCGUAUUCAGUGUUUUAUAGUAUUGCAGUAGUAGUAGUACGUAGGGAGAGACAGACUAGUAGUGUGUAGUGUGUAGUGUGGCGUAUGAGUGAUGAUGGGGACUGCGAUUUCAGUGGAACGACAAGAAGAAGAACAAGAGCAAGUAGUAGUUGGCGGAGGAGGUCUCUCAGCUACAGUGGCAGUCAUGGGAUGUGCCGCCAUGGCUGUGUUUUAUGUUGCAAUCCUUUAUGCUCCCACCUUAAUUCUACGCUUGCCCCCGCCCGCUUCCUACAAAUCCUUCAUGAUUAGACGCUUCAUCUGCGCCGCCAUCUCCUCCCUGGUCUCCAUCUUCGCCUCCGCUCUCAUCCUCCCUCUAAGAUGGCAUGUACCUGAUGUUUCCAGUGCUUUUGGCAUAAGAUUUGAUCAUCUCUGGCAAGCUUUGAUCCUUCCUCUCUCUCUGACUUCCCUAAUGUAUGCUGGGUCAUUCGUCCAGAAAUGUUUGCAUCUCCUUGAUUCAUGGGAGCAACAUCGAAACUAUGGCAGAAAUGUAACAAUUGAGUGGAUAAGUAAGGUGCAGGACAAGUGUAUUGAUUUGAUGCUUACGAUGCCUUCCAACAUCUCAGUUUGGCGCAACUAUAUUGUGGCUCCAAUUACAGAGGAGUUGGUAUUUAGAGCUUGUAUGGUACCCCUCCUUCUUUGUGGAGGUUUUAGCACUUACACAGUUGUAUUUCUUGGCCCCAUCUUUUUUAGUUUAGCUCAUUUAAAUCAUAUAUUGGAAUACUAUUUCCAGAAAAACAGGAGCUUGGUCAAAGCAUCCAUGGCUGCAGGUUUCCAGCUUGGCUACACUGUUAUUUUUGGGUCGUAUGCGUCAUUUUUGUUUGUUCGAACAGGGCAUCUUAUUGCUCCCCUAGUUGCUCACAUCUUUUGCAAUUAUAUGGGUUUGCCCACAACUUUUUCACGAAGGGCAGGUAUGUGGUCUCAAGCUAGAUAUCUUUGUCUGAAUAGCUCCAAAAUAUUGAGAAAAAUGUUGAUUUAUUGCUUUAAGCAUUUUGAUUCAUAUGUUGUUUGAACUUUCCCUUCUCGC